AUGUUUGAUUUUUCUGAAAGUUUAAUUCGAAAUAAUUUUCAGGACAAAGAAAUCAAAGGCCCAAUUCAUCAUCUGUUAAACAAAAAGACAGCGCUGCAAGAAAGUGAUAAUUAGGGAAGAAGCAUUAAUACCUUUAUGAUCCCAGACAAUAUGAUGUUAUAAAACACUCCUCCUCUGACUCCUAAAAAUGGAGAUAAAUAUAAAACUGUAGGACCAAGAUAGUCUGAAUUUCAAUCUGCAUAUGAAAUAGAUGAAAUUGAGUCUGAGAAAGAGAGCAAACCUUAAUUUUUGAGAUUAAUCAUAGCUAAAAGUUUACAAAACAAUUUUAUAAACAACCUUUGGAAUAAAUCAUAUCUAAGGAAACUGCAUCAAUUAUCUGCUUAUUAAAUUGAAUAGUUAGAUGAUUUGUAAUUUGAAUAGGACGGAUUUUCAAAUAUUGCUUAUCCAAAUUAGAGGUCAUUAAUUCAAUCUCUCGCUUUCUGGAACUUAAUUGAUGUAUUUACUCCUUAUAGCAAAUUCAUAGUGAUUUGGGAUGUGUUCCAAAUCCUGACUUAUAUCAUGAUUUUCUUUUGGUUACCUUACAAGAUCUCUUUUGAAAUUUAUUACAUAAGUGAAUUAUUUGAUGGGGAUAGAGGCAGUAAGACUAUUGAAAUCGUGCUCCUCUCUAUUUUGUCUCUUGACGUAGUGGUUGGUCUCAAUCUGGCAUUUAUUUACAAGGGACAAAUCAUCAAAGAUAGAAAAAGAGUAAUAAUCAAUUAUUUUAACUAAUAUGCAUUUGUAGAUUUAGUAAAUAUUACAUUUUAUUUAUGGUCUCAUUAUCCACAGUUUCAGCAUAGCUCUUUAUUCCGUACCUCAGUUCGAAAGACAGCAAUAUGCUAAUUUUAUAAAUAGUACUGGGUGCAAUAUUCUACAUACUCAGAAUAACAAAAAUCAAUAAGAUUUUAGCAUAAAUCUAAGAGUAAUCAUAGUUUUAUCUAGAUUUUUUAACCUCAAUGGAUCUCUUAAUGACAUGGUUGGUCUCAUGAAAUUGCUCAUGAUAAUAAUAUUUAUAGCUCACAUUUGUGGAUGCACAUGGCAUGGCAUAGCACAUUAUACCAGUAAUUAUACUUGGUUGGAUGCCUACAACUUAAGAGAGAAAACAAGUAGUACUCGAUACAAUUACUCAAUAUAUUGGGCAACCAUGACAAUGACAACAGUAGGUUAUGGAGAUAUUACAGCUCAAAAUAACCAGGAAUUAUUAAUGAAUAACAUUACUAUGUUUGUAGCUAGCAUAGUUUUUGCUUAUUCUGUUAAUAGCAUAGGAAUUUUUGUAUCUAAUAUGUACAAAGGAACAAUGGAAUACAGCAGGACAGUUACUUUGAUUAAUACAUUUAUGUCUAAGAAUAAAAUUCAAUUUGAUUUACAGACUAGAAUAAGAAGUUAUUUAGAGUACAUUUGGUAGGAAGAAUAAGAAAUGAAUGACGAUGAGGUUGGUUCAAUUGUUAAAAAGUUGAGUAGACAUCUUUAAGAUUAAUUGUAAUAUCAAUUGCGAGGUAACAUUCUUAAGAAUUGUAAAAUCAUAAUGAAAUUGUUUUCUGAAUAAUUCCUCAAGAAUCUCCUUUAAUCUAUGGAGGAAUUGUCAUUUAGUCCUGAUGAAAGAAUAAUUACAUGCAAUUAAAUAGAUGAUUGUUCUUUAUAUAUAAUUACUAAAGGGGAAGUAGAAUUAAUAUUCUCCGGGAAAAAUUAGUUAGGAGACAUGAUUAAGAGAAACUCGAUCAAAAUACUCAAGUAAUAUUAAUCUUUUGGAGAGGUUGCAUUUUUUACUGGAAAUCCUAGGACAGCUACUGCAAUUUCUAAAGGAUUUACAAGGGUAUUUAAAAUAAAAAGAGAAAACUUUCUGGCUAUUUUAUAAUAGUUUCCAAACGAUUACGAAAAGUUUUGUGAUGCAAGAGAUAGAUUAAUUAACAAUGAAUUCUCUUCUCUAUAAUUAAAUUGCUAUAGUUGUAACAGUAAUAGACAUCUUAUAAAUAACUGUCACAUUUUACACUUUUGUGCUGACUAUGAAAAGAUACUAAAGAAAGAAUUAUUUCCAGUAGAAUAAUAAAGAAGUCUUGUAUUUAGCAGAUCAAAGAAAACUAAAGAGGCUUGUGCAUUUACAAUGUAGAAAUUCUUUUCAGGAAGGGCCCAUGAUCUGAUUUAGGAUAUGUAUCAAUAGGAAAAGGGUGGUACUGAUAUUGAAGAUGGAGAUUCACAUACAUUGCCUAUAAAUGAUGCAUAUGAAAACAAUGAUGAAGAUGAUGAUGGUAAAUACAUAAUUUUAUUUCUAGAUUUACCCUCUUCUAUAAAUCAACAAAGAAGUUACUCUGCAAGUCUGAGUAAGGCAAGUUCAAAAUUACAAUAAUAAUAACAAUAGCAAUAACAAAUAGAAAUUGAAGAUUAAGAAUUAGACAAUAAAGGAUAUCAUCGUAAACUAUGUCCUCCAAGAUAGACUGUUUAAACAGCUGGAUUUGGUUAUGACCCAAAAAAAAAAGAAAGUAUUAUAUUAUGAAAAUGUAAUAGUUGCAUGGAAUGUAGAGAAAUUGAGUGAUUCCUAAAAUUCAUCAGAAGGACAAGACCAAGUCAUUCCUCUCUUGUCGCAUCCUUUAUCAACAUCAAAUGAAUUAAUUAAUAAAUACUAAUCAUCAAAGAAACUACUCUCAAGAAGUGGAUCUGCAGAUGAUCCUUCUUACAUUCAUCCAGAAGUUCGAAAUUCUAAAUAGUAAGUGCAUUCAAAAAAUCAAUCCGAUCUUGAUCGUCAUACUGCAACAAGGGAACAACCUCGAAAGAUAACAUCAAGGACAAGAACACAUAAUGAUGACCCAACUUUGAUUACGGAUAAUCUAACUUAAAAUAAUGCAUGUCAGUUAUAGCUAGCUCCAACUAUUACUGCUAUUUUCUAAGAAUUUGAUAAAAUGAGCAUCUUUUAGUAUUAUCAGCCUUUCAAUAAUUAUGAUGCUGUUAUCAAAAGGUAUCAAAUGUUCAUUAUUCAUUAAGAUAUGCAAGGGCAUAAAAAUUCUUUGGUAAAAAGAGAUUAUAUCCUGAAAGUUCUCUUUACUCAUUUUACUUUAUGGCUAUUAAGAAAGGAUUUAAAUUGAGAAAAUUAGGACAACAAUCUCCCAUUGGAUUACAAAGAUUCGCUUGUGGUUUUAAAUUAAUAAAAAGAUAACCUAAAAGAAUGAGAUAGCCUACAUUAGCAGAAUAAAGUGAAAUUUUGUUUUAAAUUAAAUGA